UCCUCGUCAACGAGGAAAUGGCCACGAUUAACGUCGGCCCUUUUCGACUUCUUCGCUUCUCUUUCCUCUCGUCCCUUCUCGGUUAAUUCAUCCACUUCUGCGUACUGUCAGCCAAUUUCAUUGCAAGAAUAAUAAUCAAAUACCCAAGAACAGCAUUCCAACUUGCUUUAGUUGGAUAACAGAGCUGCUGAUUCCAUGUUUCAAAUAUUGUGCUCAAUAUGCUUUAAAGAGUGAUUUGGUGAGAUUUUCUAUGAGUUUGGGUGAUUGAGGAUUAUUCAUGUUUUUGACAGACAUGGUUUUCUUGUGCUGGGCCCGACCUUCUCUUGAACAACAGAAAUCUUGCAUUAACAAGUCAGGUACAUUCAACUAUGAAACCAAAUAUAAAGGAGCUACUGCAAAGCCCGUGUCUUGCAUCAAGGAAGACAAGGAGCUCUCCAAAGAUGGUUAUUUUGUCAAUCAUGCACGUGUUUUAGUUGGUUCUGGUCUUGACACCUAUGAAAAGGGCAAGGCAGCUCUGCAGAAUUGGAGGUGCGUGUGUUGUUUUUGGCAGAUGAAGAGAAUUGCUAUUGUGAGGUAUAUCCUUGUCAUAUGUUAUCUAGCUAUUAUUUUCAGGCAUUUUGGAUUCAGUUGGGCAUUUGUUGAUCCCAAGACUCCGAUUCAAAAUGGGGUGAAAUUCUGUGUUUGUCUCAAGGAGUUUCUACCAUGGGUCAUGAUGCCUCUCCAAGUGGUGUAUGUUAAGGAAAACACAAGCACUAAGGCUAAGAAGUCUGUAGCCUGCUUUGGUUUUGGUAGUGGUACGUUACAAGGUCACCUACUGGCUGGGGAAGAACGAUUUUCAAUUGAGCUGGACGAGAAUGAUCAAGUGUGGUAUGAAGUACUUUCCUUCUCAAAGCCUGCUCACUUUCUAUCAUUUAUUGGUUACCCAUAUGUUCAACUGAGGCAAAAAUACUUUGCUCGUCAGUCUGCCAAUGCAGUUCUGAAACAUGUAUAGCAACCAUGUAUAUGGAAUUGCU